AAUUUAGGGUUUUCAUUUUACCCAUUUUGGUUUGUUUUCUCUCUCUGUACGAACAAACUGCUUCGAGUUUUCUCAACCUUUUUCUCUAAUCCAAAUGGCGAUGGAAGAUCAAUCGGCGGCGAGAUUUAUCGGAAAAGUUAAUUGGUUUGGCGAUGGUAAAGGCUACGGUUUCAUUACUCCCGAUGAUGGAGGCGAAGAGCUUUUUGUUCAUCAAUCUUCAAUCGUCUCCGAUGGUUACCGUAGCUUAACUGUUGGUGAAUCGGUUGAAUACUCAAUCACGCUUGGAAGCGACGGGAAGACUAAGGCCGUUAAUGUUACUGCUCCCGGCGGCGGUUCUCUUAAUAAGAAGGAAAAUAGCUCUCGCGGAAACGGUGGUAGUUGUUUUAAUUGCGGUGAGGUUGGUCAUAUGGCUAAGGAUUGUGACGGUGGUAGUGGUGGGAAAAGCUUUGGAGGUGGUGGUGGUCGUAGAUCUGGCGGUGAAGGUACCUGUUACGUGUGUGGUGAUGUGGGACACUUCGCUAGGGAUUGUAGGCAAAGCGGUGGUGGAAACAGUGGAGGAGGAGGAGGCGGUGGUCCGUGUUAUAGUUGCGGAGAGGUUGGUCAUUUGGCAAAGGAUUGUCGUGGUGGUUCUGGUGGAAAUAGAUACGGAGGUGGUGGUCGUGGAUCUGGCAGUGAUGGAUGCUACCUUUGUGGUGGUGUGGGACAUUUCGCUAGGGAUUGUAGGCAAAAUGGCGGUGGAAACGUUGGAGGUGGUGGCGGCGGUGGAAACACUUGUUAUACCUGUGGCGGAGUUGGCCACAUUGCGAGAGUUUGCACCAGCAAGAGACCCUCUGGUGGUAGUGGUGGUGGUGCUUGUUACGAAUGUGGAGAAACCGGCCAUUUGGCACGUGACUGUGAUCGGAGAGGAAGCGGAAGCAGCGGAGGUGGCAGUGGCAAGUGCUUCAAUUGCGGCAAGGAAGGUCACUUUGCAAGGGAAUGUUCUUCGGUUGCUUAACAAAAAGAAGCAAAGAAGAGUAAUGUUCAUAUACUCUAUUAAAUCUACCUAAUGCUCCUUUUUGGUGACUAUAAUGUGAUUGCUAAAAUUGUUUAGGAUGUUUAAGAAUGGUUGUUUUGGGAGUUUUUGAUCUCUAUAUUACUCUUUUGACUGGUUUUUGCAAACCUGUUCACUGCUUUUGUUGAUGUUGAUGCCAUAAGUUUGAGACUUGAAUGAUAUGUGUGAUUUCCUUCGUUGCAGUUUCUUGUUUUUACUUACAAUGAGUGUGCUUGUAUGACUUGAAAAUUCAUUAUAUGGUCACUUCUGUUUUAUACCAAGAUUGAGAGUCCUUUUUGCUAACUUGUCGUGUCCAUAAUAUAAUCUGCAUUGCUGA